AUGACUGAUUCCCCUCCACCAGUCACCCAAGAGCUCUGUGACUGGAUCUACAGCCUGUCUCUUUCCGACAUUCCACCGGAGAAAGUCACGAGAUGCAAAUAUUUGAUUCUUGAUGGGCUUGCCUGCGCACUUAUUGGGGCACAUCUUCCCUGGUCCGAGGAUGCCGUGAAAGGUGUUCUUUCGAUUGAAUCUGGGGGCAAUUGUAGCAUCAUUGGAUGGGAAAAGAAAAUUGGAUUAUUGGCAGCAGCCCUUCUCAACAGCACAUUUAUUCAAGGAUUUGAAUUGGAUGAUUACCAUCGAGAAGCUCCGAUCCACUCAAACGCCAUCGUCCUCCCGACAUUGUUGGCUACACUCGAGCACUGCGGUGCGGUAGAUUCCACACCAAUGACAGGUGCACAGUUUCUCCUCGCUGCCAUUGUAGGCUAUGAGACCGGUCCACGGGUUGGCCUCGGUGUCUACGGGAUCGAGGUCCUAUCUCGCGGAUGGCAUUCCGGAGCCAUCUUCGGGCCCGCUGCCUCUGCAGCUGCAGCAACGAAACUUUUACAGCUUCCCGCGCCCAUGAUUGAAGAUGCUAUUGGUAUUGCCUGUACCCAGGCAGGUGGGCUGAUGUCGGCUCAAUACGAGAGCACUGUGAAGCGGAUGCAGCAUGGAUUUGCCGCUCGCAAUGGUCUCUUCGCGGCAUUUAUGGCGCGUAGCGAGUACAUGGGUAUCAAAAAGGUCCUGGAGCGUCCGUAUGGCGGGUUCCUGAGUACGUUCAGUCUAGGAAAUGGAAGGGAUCCUGCAUAUCGGCCUGAGAGAGUGGUUGAGGGGCUCGGCUCUACUUGGGAGAUUGAUCAGAUUGUUGUCAAACCUUAUGCUUCUAUGGCUGCGACUCAUGGCACGAUUGACUGCAUGAGGGCGCUGCAAGAUAAGUAUCCCAAAGAUUUUGUGGCACAUCGAAUACGUAAGAUCACCGUUGAUCUUUCGGAGCCAGCUUUCAAGAAAGGUGGCUGGAAGCCGAAGAGACCCAUGACUGUUACUGGCGCACAGAUGAGCUGCAUAUAUGCAGCUGCCAUGCAGCUCUUGGAAGGAGAGGUGCAACCCGCUCAGUUCGCACCGGCGCAGUUGGAGAGAGACGACGUGUGGGCACUCAUGGAUAAGAUUCAAUGUGUGCAUGAUGCAGCAUUCGAUGUUAGUGUAGAUGCGAUCUGGCAGCAACGUGUCCAUGUGGAACUACGCGAUGGGGAGGAUCAAACAGGAGAAACAAAGACAUUGACCGAGUUUGUCGCCGCGCCACGUGGAAACAAGAUUCCUUUGUCUAACGAUGACAUCCUCGAGAAAUGGCGGCACAUCACAAAGGAUGUUAUUAGCCAAGAUCGGAGAGAAGCGAUUGAGAAAGCAGUACUCGGUUUAGAGCAGGUUGAAAACGCCGGCAUCUUAACUGAAUUACUCCGCGGUCGGACAUUGAAUGUAUUUCAAGCUGGCCAUGACAAUUAA